AUGACUGUGCCCCCGAUGCCACCAGGAGCCGCCCCCGAGCAUUCGCAGCUCUUCUGCCGAGUGUAUCGGGCAUCAAGAUCCGGGGAGCUCGGCAAGGGCAGAGCGAUGGGAAGGGCGCUCGUGGCCCUCGCGCUCCUUCAUGUCGGGGCAGGCCGUCCCGACGGUCUGUGGGGGAGUGUGAAGAUGGUGGACGAGCUGCUGGCGAUGGCGAGGGACCAAGUAAAGUUCGAGAUCAAAAACCACAAGGUGAAGUUCGAGAACAGGGGCUCGAAGACCCAAGGGCCCCCUGGCCAGGCGCAGGGCGAGGACCUGGUGGUCCUCGCCACCUUCGACGGCGCAACCGGCACGACCUACAGCUGGCGGGCCAUGAACGACCCAGUAAUGGGCGGUCGAUCGCACUCCACGUUCGAGGUCGAGGGCUCGGAGGGCCACUUCAAGGGCACGUGCGCGGUCGUGCCCUUUCUCAAUGCACCUGGCUUCUGUAAGGUUGGGACGCAGCAGAGCCUCUUCUCUCCCCCGCCCCACUUCGCCAAUGCGAGCCGGUUCAGCGAGGGCGCGCUCUACCUGGACGUAGAGACGACGACGCCAGAGUAUGGAGGUUUCAUGGUUGCGUUCGGCGCCACAAACGCGAAGCGCCCAGGUGGUGCCAUGCACCACUCGGCUCCUUCCUUCAAGGCGGGCUUCAAGGUCCCAGGCACGGCGCGCACCACCGUGAGAGUACCCUUCAGUGACUUCAGCGUCGACUGGAGCGACUUCACAGGCCGGUGCGACACCAAGGACCCCAACAACGGUUACCAGCACCAUUGUUGCAGUGCCGAGCGGCCCGAUGUCUGCCCCAGAGCCGACAACCUCGACAAGAUCAGUAGUCUGGAGAUUUGGGCGGAGGGCGUCGCGGGCGAUUUCGACAUCAAGGUCUUCUCGAUCGGCGCGGGGCCACUGAAAGAUCACCAGGGGCCGCUGAUGAUUUGA